AUGACCGAAAUUAUGUCAUACUAUCCUUCAUCCUACCCAUCCGGUGGUGAAACCUCGCGGUCUCAGUAUUUGAGCCCGAGCAUAUUUUCAAAACCAUACGGCUACGACUCCGAAGCUUCAAGAUCGGGGAACAAGAAAGUCGCUGUGAACCCAACUUUUUUCGAUGAUAUCGGAUAUUCAGACGACCCGAUUCAUGAUCCGGAUUUGGCGUCACUUUGUUCGGCUGUCUCAACAGUAGAUUCGCAUUUCUCCGCCCUACCGGACAUCAAACCUAGCAUCGAUCCGUCGAGGUUAUACCUUGAUAUUCACAGACAGAAAGAUGAAUACGCAAAUAUGUCAACAACGCAGCGGAGGAGGAAACAAUUGAAACAGAGGGCCAUGGCGGUUGGAAACCAGUUUCUGACAAUGAACGCUAUAUUAUUUGGUUUUGGCACCCAGGAGAAGUUGGACUUUGAGGCGGAAAAGGUCUGGUGGGAUGAUAUGCGGAUUAAAUAUACUGUCACGGAAAAUUUUGUUAUUGCGAAUAUGCCAUACGUACCUGGCUUAAAACCACCAUUGAAAGAGCGGUUAAAACAACCGGUGGCCUUUGGUGCCGGCCUAACCGACGAAACUUAUUUGGACUGGAUUGUUCACAAAGCCAGGCGGUUAUUCUUGGUUCUAUUACACCUUGGGGUUCCGGAGCAAAUAUUUUGGAUUAUCGACGACGCCUGGGACGAUGCCGACCUACCGAUAGCUCGAAAGACAAUACCGAGACUAGCCCUUUCCUCCAAACCCGACGAAGAAAUGGAUGAACGAUUCUGGCGAGCCCAGUAUAUCUUCCUUUUGAAGAAUAUGAAUUCUGGAGAGCAUAUCGAAUACGAAGAGCAAGAAGUAGUUCCACUCGAAGUAGUCGAAAAACUACCUUCCAAUGGAGACUACGUGGCGGAGAAGGUUGUGCGACCGUACGGGAAGCGAAACCACGACUACAUCACCCGUAUAACCGUCCCAUCGAAAGACAACCUCAUGCUUCAUGUGGAGACUAUUCGGUCGCGGAAUAUACGCCACGCCAAUAUUGUGGAACUCUUCGCGUCAUAUACGUACGAAGACAUGGGUUAUCUCCUUUACCGUCCUGCGCCUACUAUCUCUUUGGACUCAUUCUUCCGCUCGCCCUCCUAUUGCUAUUCUGCAAUGUCCGCGACCGAGAAACGGGUACUGGCCUUUAAUUGGAUCACUGGCCUGGUCAGUGCCGUGGCGUUCCUGCAUACGAAAAGUAUUCGGCACGGCGAUAUCAAUCCUUUUAGCAUAUGUGUGAUGGAGGAUGGGGCGAGGUUAAUGCUUUGCGAUGCUGGCCCAGUUUUUGGGACUCUGGAUGUCUUCAACAGGCAAGGGCGAGCAGAUGUUCGCGACGAGUACGGUGCCCCAGAAGACUACUCCGAUGCCGCCGGCUUGGUUGCACUCUUAGGGGACCAGCCUUAUCUUGCAACUGACCCAGUGAUGCUGUGCAAGUCGGAUGUCUUUGGCCUGGCUUGCGUGAUGGUGGAUAUCUUGACCUUCGUGUCAAAGUUGAAGAUGUCUGUAUACAAGAACCAUCGUCGGAAAACGGGAAGCAUAGCACGAAACAGCCUCACCUCAAGCUCAUCGCUCGGAUCCUCAGCUAGUGGGAAGAGCACUCGGAUAAUCUUUCCUAGCAGCGUCUUCAAUCGAUCCACGGCUACAGUGGUUGAGCGACCCCAUAGCUAUGGCUCUGGUCGUCCAGUGACUCGCCGAGAGUCGGAUGCCAAGUCUACCAAUAAACCUAACUUUAAAAAAACGGAUAUAUCAUUCCGGGGAAACCUCGCAUCAGUGAAAAGCUGGUGUGAUACACUCGUUGAAGCGGCGGAAGAUAAAGAUACGGAUGGUACAGGGGAUGCUGUAGUUAGAGAGCUGAUUGCUCUAUGCUGCCGAGGGAUGUUCAUUGAGAAGCCAAGAGAGCGAAUGGGGAGCGGAGCAGUUGUAGCCAGGCUCGGCUUACUGGCAGACAGGUUACGAAAGCUGCUCGCAAAUAAUGACGCUAAGAAGGAAUCAUCUUGA